GAAUGCUCUCCAUAUGCAGCUCACUUGUACGAUGCCGAGGAUCCCUCCACCCCUGUGCGGACAAUACCAGGACUUUGCCAAGACUAUUGCCGGCAAGUGUGGCAAAAAUGCCGCUCCAUUUUUCGCUAUCUCUCUGCAGACCAAGAGUUAAUUGCACUGGAGAACAACAUGGCAAAAUUCUGCCGCUACCUGUCCUUGGAGGACACAGACUACUGCUUUCCACACCUGCUGGCUAACCAGAACCUUAACCAAAACCUGGGGUUAGUGACGGCUGACGCAGAGGGCUGUCUCCAGCUGUGCCUCGUGGAGGUCGCCAACGGGCUGCGCAAUCCCGUUGCAAUGGUGCACGCCAACGAUGGCACCCACAGGUUCUUCAUUGCGGAGCAGGUUGGCCUGGUGUGGACCUACCUCCCCAAUCGAUCCAGGCUUGAAAAGCCAUUUCUGAACAUCAGCGAAGCCGUACUUACCUCACCUUGGGAAGGAGACGAGAGAGGUUUUCUAGGUAUUGUCUUCCAUCCUAAAUUCAAAUUUAAUGGUAAAGUGUAUGUCUACUAUUCAGUUGAAGUUCGUUAUGAAGAGAGAAUCCGAAUCAGUGAGUUCAGAAUUUCUCCUGCUGACAUGAAUGCUUUGGACCAUGGUUCUGAAAGGAUAAUCCUCGAAAUAGAAGAACCUGCUUCCAACCAUAAUGGAGGAGAGUUGCUCUUUGGAGAUGAUGGGUAUCUCUAUAUAUUUACUGGAGAUGGAGGCAUGGCUGGAGAUCCUUUUGGAACCUUUGGAAACGCCCAGAACAAAUCAACCCUGCUAGGCAAAGUGCUACGGAUCGAUGUGAACAACAAUGACCGCGGACCUCUGUACCGAAUCCCUCCUGACAACCCUUUUCUUAAUGACCCUAAGGCUCGCCCCGAAAUCUACGCGUACGGAGUGAGAAAUAUGUGGCGCUGCUCUUUUGAUAGGGGCGAACCGCACACCAAGGAAGGGAAAGGGCGGCUCUUCUGCGGAGACGUGGGGCAGAAUAAAUACGAAGAAAUCGACAUCGUUGAGAAAGGGAAAAAUUAUGGCUGGAGGGCAAGGGAAGGCUUCAGCUGUUACGAUAAAAAACUUUGCACCAAUUCUUCAAUGGAUGAUGUGCUUCCAAUUUACGCAUAUCCACACAAAAUGGGGAAAUCUGUUACAGGAGGCUAUGUCUAUCGGGGUUGUGAGUCUCCGAACUUGAAUGGCCUGUAUAUAUUUGGUGAUUUUAUGAGCGGACGCCUGAUGUCUUUGAAGGAGGAUCAUGCUACAGGAGAGUGGCAGUACAGUGAAAUCUGCAUGGGGACAGGACAAACAUGCAUGUUCCCUGGGCUUAUCAAUAACUAUUACCAAUACAUCAUCUCCUUUGCUGAAGAUGAAGCAGGGGAACUUUACUUCAUGUCUACCGGCGUACCAAGUGCCACAGCUCCCCAUGGAGUAGUGUACAAAGUGGUGGACACCUCUAGGAGAGCACCACCAGGAAAAUGCCGAGUUGAGCCGUCGCCAGUGAAAGUAAAAAGCAAGCGCAUCCAGUUUGUGCCAAAGGAGAAGCUUAUUGUGAAAACACCAACACCGCGUCCCCGGCUGAAGGCCGUGACCGAGGCCCCACGGGGAGGCAGAAAUGGCGCCGUGCGGCUGAUGGAGCAGCAGGGUCGCGGCCGGAGCUGGGGCCGGGUGGAGGUUUACAUUGACGGCGAGUGGGGCACGGUGUGCGACGAUGGCUGGAGCUCGCUUGCCGCCGCCGUGGUGUGCCGCCAGCUGGGCUUUCCCCACGUGGUGCGGGCCAGCAAGAAGGCAGAAUUUGGGGAAGGGACUUCCCUUCGCAUUCUCCUGGACGAUGUCCAGUGCUCCGGGCAGGAGAAGACGCUGCUGGAGUGCACCCACGCUGACGUCGGCACGCACAACUGCUCCCAUGAGGAGGACGCUGGCGUGGUGUGCAGCCAGGAAGAGGUGGCAGAGUGGUGA